CAUGCUUUAUGGAGUGAAGUCAAAUCACACUCGCGUUGUCAUGGAUGAGCUUGAUCUGCUUUUGGAGGAGUUGGCUACAAACUCCACGAAAAGUGACUCGGAUAGAAAGCUCACCCUGAAUGUGUCCGGACAGCCCUCCGGAAUCGGUGUGACAUCAGGACAAAGCGCUGGCAAAAAUGUAUACAGUCAGCUGCCUGCUCCAGUCUCAGCUGAGGUGAUGAGUCCAGGAACGGCCUCAAAAGAGCUGGACUCCAUUAUGAAUGAGCUGCUGGGGCUGAACCUGGGGAUCUCAGAUCAGCCAUCACUCGCUCCAAAGUCUGAAAAAGACAAAAAGACAGAAGAUAAGAAAGAAACUGCAGGAAAAAGUGUGCAGAAUAACCCAGCAGCCGAGAACGCAUCCAAGAACCUGUCCAAGAAUGUCGACGCCAUUGACAACCUGCUGGGAACGCUGAGCUCAGAUAUGGAGAAGAUGGGAGUGCGCACAACAGCAAAGGGACACUGCGCUGCCUGUGAGAAGAGCAUCACCGGGAAGAUGAUCAAGGCUCUGGGGCAGGUGUGGCACCCUGAGCACUUUGUCUGUGCGGCGUGUAAAGAAGAACUCGGCGAUAAAAGGUUCUUCGAGCGGGAUGGGCAGCCGUACUGCGAGGCCGAUUACCAGAACCUGUACUCACCGCGCUGCGCGUACUGCCAGAGCCCGAUUCUACAGAAAAUCCUGACGGCGAUGGACCGCACAUGGCAUCCAGAACAUUUCUUUUGCAGUCAGUGUGGAGAACGAUUCGGAACUGAAGGUUUUAUGGAGCGUGAUGGGAAACCCUACUGUCCUAAAGACUUUUACUUGCUAUUUGCUCCGAAGUGUUCGGGCUGUGGGGAGUCAGUCAGGGAGAAUUACCUGUCAGCGGCAAACGGCACCUGGCACCCUGACUGCUUCGUCUGCGCUGACUGCCUGAAGCCGUUCACAGACGGCUGUUUCCUGGAACUGGACGGUCGUCCCCUGUGUUCUCAGCACUACCACAACCGGAUGGGGACGCUGUGUGCCACGUGUAACGCCCCCAUCACAGGCCGCUGCAUGACCGCUCUGGGACGCCGGUUUCACCCCGAGCACUUUGUGUGUGCUUUCUGUCUGCGUCAGCUCUCUCAGGGAGUGUUCAAGGAGCAGGCUGGGAAACCUUACUGCAACGCCUGUCACGCCAAACUCUUCCUAUAAAAUCAGUUAUCCCUCAUCACUCACGGUCCCGCUGGGCGUCAAAAUAAUUACAGGAAAAGAAAAAAAAGUUAAAAAAAAACAAUAGAGCAUGAUAUUGCAGGCUUAUCAGAUAGGACGUAUUAUAAUCACUGCUCCACGCAGCCUAAAGCACCUUUGUUUGUCUAUUAUAAAUAAAUAAAUAAAUAAAUCAGGAUCCAAAAAAGUUCUCUAAAAAAGAUAUAUACUGGUUUAUUCUCUCACAGACAGAGUUACAGCAUCAGGUCUGAUCUCAUCUUCUCCGACACAAGGUUUAACAUUUUGAAAUGCUUUUCAGCUCAACACAGAUGUAAAGAGUGGUUGUUUGGUUAUUUAAGUUCCCGUCGCCUUCCUGUCACCUCGUAAAAGUCCAGCCCUUCUCUUCUGUCCUUUCUCAUCAGCAAGGCGUCUCUGCUUCCACAGAACUGUCACACAUUAGUUUAAUUAGAUUAACUUUUUUUAAUUUUUCGCACCACUCUGUGAGAUAGAAAAUUCCAGGAGCUUUCUGAAAGACUCAAACUAGAAUCUGCAACCAUACCACUGAGAUCACUGCGAUUUCUUCCCCCAUUUUCUCAUCUCAUCUCAUUAUCUCUAGCCGCUUUAUCCUUCUACAGGGUCGCAGGCAAGCUGGAUCCUAUCCCA